AAUGAGUAAUGCUUUCAAAUCAGCUGGUAAUAAUCUAACUAAAGGUGAUCUUGGAUAAACAGGUUAAAGUUUUGCAGGAUCACAAAAUCCUGCUUCACUAAAAGGAAAAUUAAUGAGUUUAGAAGUAUCAAAAUAUAUUUAUAAUAGGAAACAAUCAAAGGUAUUUAAGAUGAAAUGAAUUUUCAUAAAAAAGAAGUGUAAAUAUUGAAAUCUGAAAAAGAUACUUUAGAAUCUGUCUUAAGUAUGAAAACAUAAGAUGUAAAAAAAACACUAACAAAUGAAUUAAUGAGAAUUGAAGAAGAAAUGAAAAGGUAUUAUUAUUUAAUGAUUAUUUUAGACAUUUUGCACAUUAAAAGGCUGAAAAUUCUAGACUUUAAUAACAAAUAACAGCAUUAAAAGGUGAAAAAACUGCAUUAUAAUAAUAAUUGCUAGGAUUAUAGAGAAGAAUAGCAGAACUUGAAUUAUAAGUUGGUUAAGAAUAAGCAUGAU